CCUGGAACUAGCCGCGUGCCAUUCGGAAGACGCAGCUGUGCCGAGUGUCGAGGCAGCGGCUCUCCCUCCCUGGCUCCCCAGCCAUGGCCUGGCAGCUCUCUGCAGUGGUGGUGCUCUUCGUGUCCCUGGCUGUGAUUUUGUAUUAUGGCAGUCACGUCAGAGCGAAUGUGUUUCCAGAAAUCACGGACUAUUCUCAACCUACCACAGUGGCAACCAUGCAGACCAGAGCGCAACCUUCCCUCUCGCAACCAACUAACCAAGUGCCUCACAAAACUUUGGCAACAAGAUCAAUGGAUGGUCAGGUCACCUCUCAAACAGCUGCCACAACCGUCAACCCUGAGACCCCAAUCACACACACGACAAUAAAAACUGCAGCAGUAACUUCCCUGGUAACUACAAACAGCACCCUGUCCACCAGCCCAAUAACCAACACCCUACUCACAACUCUGGCUAUACCCGACAACACACACACCACCACUCCAGUCACUGAGGCUACAAUUGGCCCCAGUGCAGGUCCCGGUUCACCGCCCACCACCAUCACCACCACCUCAUCAGCCUAUACAACUGGAACCAGGUCAUCGACUGUCAGCCACACAACUGGGAAAACCACCCAACUCAGUAACCAGACCACCCUUCCAGCAACUUUGUCCACCUCACCACACAACAGCACAACCAGCCAGAAUCCCGCUCACUCCACCCACACCCCAGGACCAACCACAGGCACAUGCAAUACCACCCAAACGGCCUCACCUACCACCACGGCUCCUGGGCCCACCCUCGCACCUCAGCCCUCGUCAGCCAAGACUGGAAUGUACCAAAUUCUAAAUGGAAGCAAGCUGUGCAUCAAAGCAGAGAUGGGGAUACAGCUGACAGUUCAAGACACAAAGUCGGCUUCUCCACCUCAGGGAUACUUCAACAUCGACCCCAACACAACUCAAGUCUCAGGGAUCUGUGGCUCCCGAAAAUCCAACCUUCUCUUGAAUUUCUGGGGCGGAUUUGUGAAUCUCACAUUUACCAAGGAUGAAAACUCAUACUAUAUCAGUGAAGUGGGCGCCUAUUUGACUGUCUCAAAUCCAGAGAAAACUUACCAAGGAAUGAGAAGUUCUGUGGUGAUGUUUGAGACUGUGAUUGGGCAUUCCUUCAAGUGUGUGAGUGAACAGAGCCUCGAGCUGUCAACCCAGCUUCACCUGAAAACAAUGAAUGUCCAACUUCAAGCCUUUGAUUUCGAAGAUGACAACUUUGGAAAUGCGGAUGAAUGCUUCAGUGACAGAAACAGGAGAGAGAUCCCUGUGGCCGUGGGCCUGAGUAUCACAGGACUGCUUGUCAUUUUGCUAACAGCCUGCCUGGUGGCCAGAAAGCAGCCCAGUAGAGGAUACGAACGCAUGUAAAACCCACCUUCUUCACAAUGUGCAAGGUUAAGACCUUGGGGAUUCUGGCUCCACAUUCAGCCUGAAAUGAAGGGAUCGACUUUUUAGCUGUGUGUCCCACCCUCCCACUCUGAUUAGGAAACCUAGCUUUCCACCACUGGGCCAUCUGAAGGCUGGCUAAAAUGAGCCCCCACCCCAUCUUCUCCUGUUAGCGUAGGGAGGCUGUGCCAUAUGGGCUCAAAUUCCAUCUUCCGUACCUGAUAAUCCAGGGCUGGCUGCGAGAAUUAGGGACCAGAGGCAGGGAUAUGAGCUAGGUUUGUGAGAAAGAGAAAGCAAAUACCCAAAGGGACAACUGUGGGAAAGACAUCUCCAAACUGUACUGACUUUUCUUAUGCAUUUUCAAGAGUCUCAAUAUCCAGUUUUUUAAAGAGAAUAUUACUUUUAAAAAACUGAUCCAUUUCAGAAUAGAUUCUAAAGUGAUUUUAAACUCCUAGAUUUUGACCAAUUCCUGAUUUACUUAAAUUACAGAUGGGCUAAAUAGACUAUCAUUUUUAAAAAGACAUAUUCUAUACUAUUAUAAUGUAUUAU